AUGAAGUGGCUGAUAACAAUUUUUUUAAUUUUCCUACUAAGUUUUACUGAAUCUAGAACAAUGCAUAGAAGUGCAUAUGGAAUAGGUUCCAUAUUGGACUCUUCCAAAUGUUCUGCAAAGGUGAAUUUAGUUGACAUAGCCACCAUAAUUUUUGCUCAGUUUGUUCAAGAAGCCACAUAUGAAGAAGUAAGCAAAAUGGUGAAAGAGGUAUUGGCUGUGAUUGAGAGACCCACAGUCAGAGAUCAGACUACAGAGUGUCUGGAAAACCAGUUACCUGUCUUUCUGGAAGAAAUUUGCCACGAGAAGGAAAUUCUCGAAAAAUAUGGAUUGUCAGACUGCUGCAGCCAAAGUGAAGAGGAAAGACAUAACUGCUUGCUAGCACGCAAAAAAACUGCCCCAGCAUCCAUCCCGCCCUUCCAGGUUCCAGAACCUGUCACGAGUUGUAAGGCAUACGAAAAAAACAGGGAGGCAUUCAUGAAUCGAUAUAUCUAUGAAAUGGCAAGAAGACACCCCUACCUGUAUGCAUCUACAAUUCUUUCUCUGGCUACUCACUAUGACAAAAUAAUUCUACCUUGCUGCCAAGCUGAAAAUGCAGUUGAAUGCUUCCAAACAAAGGCAGCAUCUACCACAAAAGUACUAAGAGAAAGCAGCUUGGUAAAUCAACAUAUGUGUGCAGUGAUAAAAAAAUAUGGACCCCAAACCUCUGAAGCCAUAGUUACUACUGAACUGAGUCAAAAGUUUCCCAAAGCUAAUUUCACUGAAAUUCAGAGACUGGUCCUGGAUGUGACUCAUGUACAUGAGGAAUGUUGCCGAGGAAACAUGUUGGAGUGUAUCCAGGAUGGGGAAAGAAUUAUGUCCUACAUAUGUUCUCAGCAAGCUAUUCUGUCAAGCAAAUUAGCAGAAUGCUGCAAAUUGCCCAUAUUUGAACUUGGUCUCUGUGUAAUGCGUGUAGAAAAUGAUGAAAAACCUGAAGGCUUAUCCCCAAGUCUAAAAGGACUUUUAGGAGAUAGACAUUUCAGCCAGUUCUCUUCAAGGGAAAAAGAAAUAUCCAUGGCAAGAUUUACUUAUGAAUAUUCAAGAAGGCAUAUUGAGCUUGCUGUCUCAGUAGUUCUAAGAGCUGUUGAUGGAUACAAGGAGUUUUUAGAGAAGUGUGCCCAGUCUGAAAGUCCUCUUGAAUGCCAGGAUAAAGGGGAAGAAGAAGUGGAGAAAUAUAUUCAGGAGAGCCACGCAUUGGCAAAGCGAAGCUGUGGUCUUUUCCAGAAAUUAGGAGAAUAUUACUUGCAAAAUGAAUUUCUUGUUGCUUACGCCAAGAAAGCCCCUCAGCUGACUUCACCUGAGCUGAUGGCCUAUACCAAGAAGAUGACGAACGCUGCAGCCACCUGUUGCCAGCUCAGUGGGGACAAACGCUUGGCCUGUGGUGAGGGAGCGGCUGACAUCAUUAUUGGGCAGUUAUGCCUCCGGCAUGAAGAGAAUCCUGUGAACUCUGGUGUUGGCCAGUGCUGUACCUCGUCAUAUGCCAACAGGAGGCCGUGCUUCAGUAGCUUGGUGGUGGAUGAAACAUAUGUGCCUCCACCAUUCUCUGCCGACAAGUUCAUCUUCCACAAAGAUCUGUGCCACGCCCAGGGUGUAGCACUGCAAACGAUGAAGCAACAGUUUCUCAUUAACCUUGUGAAGCAAAAGCCACAAAUAACAGAAGAACAACUUGAAGUGGUCAUUGCUGAUUUCUCUGCCCUACUGGAAAAGUGCUGUCAGGGCAAAGCGCAGGAAGUCUGCUUUGCAGAAGAGGGCCCUAAGAUGAUUUCUAAAACUCGUGCUGCUCUGGAAGUUUAAAUUACUUCAGGGGAAAGAAAACAGAAGACUUUAUGUUUGGUGUAAACUCUUUUUUAAUUCUAACUGUCUUAGAAAAUUCUGAAAA